CGUUUGUAUUAUAUAUACACACAUAAGUGUCCACAACUUCAUUCAUCACCACAAUCACCUGAAGAACCAAAGCAGCAAACAAAAAAACCAUUAAGUGAAGUCAGAUCUCGAAAAAGAAUUUACAAAAACGAAUCCAUAUAUGGGGGAAUCAAAGAAGAAAAGCAGAUCAAUGGCAACACAAAGAGCUUGGAGUCUUGUGCGAAUGGCUCUUCUAUGGGGAAGAAAAGGUGGAAUCUUCAAGAGAUGGCACAUGUUCGAGCUCCGCAACUUGUUUUCCAAGCAUCUCAGAGCCCUAGCUCAUCAUAAUAGCCUUGACAACGACCGUUAUAUCUCACGUUACGGCGAGAAACAGCUCUCUUUCGACGAGACGCCCAUCUUUAACGUUAAGAUGCAUCGUCCUGCAUCCAUGAGGUUCCUCUUGCCUUGCAUUGCUCCUCCCGUUGACUUUGACUACGACUUCGAAUUGGAUUGUCAAGAUGAUACUGACGAUGUUAGAUCCUACGGCUACUACGAUGGUUCUUGUAAUGAGAAAUGUGAUCGUUCGGCUAAUGAUGAUCAAGAAGUGGAAGGAGAGAAGGGUGUUGAUGUGAGAGCAGAGGAGUUCAUUGCUAAAUUCUAUGAGCAGAUGAAGUUGCAGAGACAAAUCUCUUAUUUGCAAUACAAGGAACACAACGAAGUCGUAUGAUGAGUAUCAAACAUGUCAAGUUAAUUCAUUUCUUUUUUGUUUGUUAUCAAUAUAUAACCCACCAUUGUCCUAUCAAUCAAUAUUUAUUUCAUAGGCUUGUUGUUGGAACCUUUUUUUGCUAAUUAAUUCAUUUUGAUCUAGAAUUUGUGGAUAUUCCUCUCAUUGCUCUUUGUCUUUUUUGCUAAGCUUUUUAACUUU